AUGAACAGCAAAACUGGCAGCACAGAUGCAGCCUAUGCUCUCCAGAACCUGGCUCUGCUCACACCACAACUCGUCAUACCGCCUGUACUUGAAAAGACCUAUGCGGCGAUGGAGACCCUGACGGAGCCGCACACGCUCACCGCCACCCUCAGCUGCAUGAUCGGCAUGGCGCGCAGCCUCGUUUCCCCUGACAACCGCUACCCAGAGGGCCGCGCUCACGUGCUCCCAUUGCUCAUGGGCUCUCUCCCGGGGGUGGACCCCAACGACUUCAGCAAGUGCAUGAUAACGUUCCAGUUCAUCACCACCUUCACCACCUUGGUGCCUUUAGUGGACUGCUCAUCUGCUCCGUUUCGACAGACGGAUCUCACCGAGAUUGAAAAAGAUCUCUGCUUUGCCUCAGCCGGCUUUGAAGACUUCGUGCUGCAGUUUCUGGACAGAUGUUUUGCUCUCAUAGACAGCAGCACUCUGGAGCAGACGAGAGACGAGACGGAGACGGAUACCCAGACUCAUUUGGAGAGCCUGGUGGAGCUGGGACUGUCUUCCACCGUUAGUACGAUCCUAACACAGUGCUCCACAGAAAUCUAUGAGGUUGCGUUGCAGAAGCUGUACAACUUUGCCACCUCCAGCAUCUUUGAGACGUGUGUGUCAGGCAGAAUGGUGGCCGACAUGUGCAGGGCUGCAGCAAAGUGUCAUCCUGCUGAGUCUCUCCGUCUGUUCGUCCCUCACUGCUGCAGCAUCAUCUCGCUCAUUACUGACAAUGUGGAGCUGCAGAACGAAGAUGAGCUGGAUAAGGAGCUGCUGUGGAAUCUCCAGCUGCUCUCUGAGGUAAUCCGUGUGGAUGGCGAACAGCUGCUAAAAUACCAAGGGGAGCUGGAGCGCAUCCUGCGCGUGUGUGUGCAUCUUCGCUGUAAGCAGGCCUACACACUCGCUUGCAGCUUGCUGGAGCACACACUCCGCUCGCUGUCUCUCAUCUAUCCCACCGAGUACCGCAGCACCUCUGGGGGCUUCGAUUCCGACCUCCCCAUCCGGGACUGGGGCCGAGCCGGAGAUGUGGCAGCGUUGGGUGUGUGUUGGCAUGUGCCGUGCCAGGAGGAGGAAAACUUUGUUUUCCAGCUGCUGUCGUCGCUCCUGCAUCCCCAGCUGCAGCGAAUCAAAGGCCACGUGUCUGGAGCUCAGCCAAUGACCAGGGAGGAGUUGUGGCAGAGCUUAGCGAUCGUGCAGCACUGCCUUCUCGGAGCUGGGAGCAUGCUGCCCCCUUUGGAUGGCGCACACGUCCCUGACCUGGUGCCCUCCAUGGUGAAUCUGGGGGAGAUCAAACUGCACGUAGGUGUCGAGUAUGAUGAUUCAUGGGAAAACUACAGAGUGUCCAUCUGCCAGACCAUGAGACUUCUGCUUCAUCACAUCCUGGAGCACUCGGAAGAUGAUACAAAAUCCCUUUUUGUCAUCAUUAAGAUCGUCAGUGACCUCAUGUUUUUCUGUGGCACACACAAGAAGGAGUUUGACUCACGCUGGAAAAGCUUCACUCUUGUCAAGAAGUCAAUGGAAAACAGGCUUCUUGGGAAAAAGCGGCACAUCAGAGCGCUGCUCAUCGACCGGAUUCUGCUCCAGCAUGAGAUGAGAAAACUGGUGGUUGAGGGCAGUGAAUACAAAGUGGUCCAUCAGGAGCUGCUCUGUGAUCUGCUGCUGCUUUCUACCAGCACGUACAGCCAGGUACGUAGCAGGGCGCAGAGCGUGCUGAUGACAGCGAUGGGAACCUAUAGCUUCGCUUAUAGAGACAUGAUUCCCCGUAUGUUACAACUGCUGUCUCCACAGAACACCGCGGGCACGGAGCAGCAGUUCAAGGGUAGUCUGUACUGCCUCUUGGGCGCUCCCAGUGGUUUCUGUCCAGCAACCACACGGGACUGGGAUUGUGUCGGGGAAGUGUGGCCCGCUCUGGUCCGAUGCGGACUGUCACACUCGGUGACCCUGGAGAAGCCCUCCAUUGGUCGACUGUUUGAUGACAUCAUUGAUAGGAUUCAUCGCCUUCACGACACCAUUGGAAUCUACUUCACGGUGUCAGAGAGAUGUGUCGAGAUCGCCAACCAAAUUGCACAAUCUAAAAAUCCCACACCUUGUUCGAAGCUCCCGUCCAAAGAAGAAAUAAAAGAAGGAAUUCAGCGUCAGCGUAUCAGAAAUGUUGUUGCUGCAAGGAAAUAUGAGAAGCUAGUCAAUGACCUGUUGGACUGCCUUGAAGACAGAGAUCUGCCCUGGAAGUUUGAGCACAUGGCCACAGACCUGUUGGCUCUUCUUCUGCGAGACGAUCAUCCUCUCCCACCUGAUGCUGUCCUCUACUUCACACAAACCCUUGUUCACGACUCCAUUAGCAUACGCAAGGUGUCCAUCUCAGCCAUGGCAGGAAUCCUGAAACAGCUGAAAAGGCCGAGAAAGAAAGUGGCAGUUAAGCCUUCGGAUAUCAGUGGGAUCAAGGAUCCAGAGGGGAUUUGUGUUGGGGAUCGUGAGGGAAACUGCUGGCUGCAGUACGACAGCAGCAACCUGCCUCUGAGUCAGGAGCAGUGGGACUUGCUGCAGUACGUGGAGAAAACUCACUGGGGCUACUACUCAUGGCCCAGAGAAAUGAUGAUCUAUGCAUCUUCCGAAAAGCCACAAGAUGACCUGCCAUACGAGGAGAUGAGUGAGGGCGAGAAGAUCAUCUUUGAGUACUUCUCGGACCCUGACUUCAUUGACCAGUUGAUAGAGUUUCUCUCUCUGGAGGAGCGGAAAGGGAAGGACAGCUUCAACCCGCGCCGCUUCUGCCUCUUCAAGGUGUGAAUUUAACCUCUCAUC